AUGGGCGACUACAUCCGGCGACUCGUGUCCGGCAAGAAGGCCCGGUACAAGGAUAGCGAACUAGACGUAGAGUUGGAUCUUGCUUACAUUACUGAUCAGGUCAUUGUGAUGGGAUACCCGGCGAGUGGUAUCGAGGGCCUCUACCGUAAUCGCAGAGAAGACGCGAAGAAGUUCCUCGAGCAUCGACACGGCAAGAACUUCUGGGUCUUCAACUUCUGUCCCAUCAAAGAAAACUCCUAUCCUGCAAGUUUCUUUGAUGGACGGGUGAGCAGAUACCCCUUCCCAGAUCACCAUGCUCCUCCGCUCGCAAUUCUCCCGCUUGUGGCGAGGGAGAUCCGUCUGUGGCUUGAUGGUUCCCCAGAGCGUGUAGCUGUUCUCCACUGCAAAGCUGGCAAGGGAAGGUCCGGCACCAUGGCGUGUGCAUACCUGCUCACCCUUGACGUCGCCCCAAGCGCACCAUCUCUUGAGCGCAGCGCGACAGAAAUAGAGAAGGCUAAGAGCCGUGCCGAGCAGGUCAUGAACGCCGUACCUGCCGACGGGGACGCCGCAGAGGUCAUCGGAGCCACCACGCAGCAGGGCGAGGAUCUAGUCAAGCUCGAAUUGGCCGAUGAAGGAUCGGAGGACAAAUCGAAGGUUAACGCAGGAGACGCGAGCCGGAAGGAUACGACGAACAGCCUGAGCCAUGUCCUGGACCUGCACACGUCGCGCCGGAUGAAGCGGCCUUCGUCCCCAUCGGCGAAGCUCAAACAGGGUGUCAGCAUCCCGAGCCAGCGCCGCUGGCUGUACUACUGGUCGCUGAUCCUCGCGCACCAGGCUCCUCUCGACUUCUGGUCUGUGGACCCCGCCGUGCUCGCCCGCCCGUCGCCAAAGGUGCGGCUCACGCAAAUCCGGCUGCGCAUGCGCGAGCUGGGCGGCUUCAAGGCAAACCUCGUUCGCGCGGCGAACGCGCUGCUGGACAGCGCGGGGAAGAAGAUCGACGCGCAGUCGCGGAGCUCGAGCCAGGUGUGGGCGUCGCUCGCACGUUACGACGAUGAUUUCGUGAGCACCUUGGAACGUUGGGAGAAGCACACGCGUCACGAGAGCGGGACCAUGGGCGUCCGGAAGCCGCACGCGGACGAGAUGGAUGGGCUCGCGCUUGGGGACCUCUUCAAGGACGGCCGGUGGGACAGCAACAAGAUGGUGCGGAGUUUUGCGCGCAUGAGCACCUUGAAGGACGAGGACAUCCGUAAGGAGACGUCCGAGGAGGACGGGAAAGUUGGAUCCCUGCUGCUACGACCUUUGACGGGAGAUAAGUGGAGAAGCAUUCGCACAAAGAUAGAGGAAGACAGCCACGCCCAGCAGACUCACGCGCAAGGCGCACCCGCCUGCAAAGGUGACGAGAAUAACGCGGACCAAGGUCGGACCGCGGGCCUCGAGACGGAAGACGCGUCGCUAUACGACGUCACUCAAACGCUCAAGACUGAUGGUGGCGUCGUACUCGACGCGCACAGAGAGCUGCGGGUGAAACUCUAUCUGGGACAGGUGUUUAUGGGGUGGUUCUGGUUCAUCCCUACGUUCCACAUGCAGCACCCUAGGGGUGCACCAGGGAUACAGCAAGCCACAACGUUGACGUUGACACGCAAGGAGCUGGACUUCGCGGUGGGCAUCGGUUCGAACAUCAUCGACGUCGCCGUCUCCAUGGAGUGGUGCGACGAGGCCGCGGAUGUCGUAAGCCCACCAGAGCGCGUCACGAGCACCGAUAUCGCAGAGGGCAGGGACGACCCGAAAGGCGUGGCUGCCGCGCUGACAGCCAUUGCGGCGGGGGAGACAGAGGACAUCGCGAAUGCUAAACAAGCAGCGGAGGAUUAAUCAGGAUAAAGGGCUCGCUGACUCGGUGGUCGACACCAUUCUGUUUGUUGUACGUUAGCGUAUUAGAAAAC